UCCAUACCCGUGCGAACGGUAAUCUGACAUAACAGCGAUGCACUGUGUAGCGCAUCAGAUGUGCUCCAGCCGGACUGCGAUGAGGAUUUUUAGCCUCGUUCUAGCCUGAUGUACUGUACUAUGAAGAAAAGUGGACCUACAUGUGAAGACUUGUGGACAUAGCAUAGCGCACCACAAAAUGAAGACACCGAUGCGGCAUGGCGUGGCUGUGUUUCUAGUAAUUACCAUGUGUACCAGCUUGUUGUUCGUGUACAACACCAGCUACAACAGCACGUCAAGAGAUCGUAAUGAUGUGGACAGUGGACAAAAAGAACCCGCCAAAACAAAUGCCAAGACCCCAAAACCGCAGAUAUCAACUUUGCAGGGAUACAGCAGCAUCAUCGAUCAAAAGUCUCUGAAGAUGCACUGCAACAGCUGCGCCCUGGUCACCAGCUCGGGUCACCUGACGGGGGGCGGGCGCGGGGACGAGAUCGACCGGACGGAGUGCGUGAUCCGCAUGAACGACGCGCCCACGUCCGGGUUCCUGCGGGACGUGGGCCAGCGGACCAGCCUGCGGGUGGUGGCGCACUCCAGCAUGCAGAGGGUGCUCCGCAGCCGGCAGGAGCUCCUCAACGCCAGCCAGGACACCGUCUUCAUCUUCUGGGGCCCCAGCAACUACAUGCGCCGCGACGGCAAGGGCCUGGUCUACAACAACCUGCGCCUCAUGAACCAGGUCCUGCCCAGGCUCAAGGUCUACAUCAUCUCCCGGCAGAAGAUGCUGCAGUUCGACGAGCUCUUUAAGAGGGAGACGGGGAAAGACAGGAAGAUUUCCAACUCCUGGCUGAGCACCGGCUGGUUCACCAUGUCCAUCGCCCUGGAGCUGUGUGACAGAAUCAAUGUCUACGGCAUGGUUCCCCCCGAAUUCUGCAGGGAGCCGGCCCACGUCUCGGUCCCGUACCACUACUACGAGCCGUCCGGGCCGGACGAGUGCACCAUGUACAUCUCCCACGAACGCGGGCGCAGAGGCAGCCACCACCGCUUCAUCACAGAGAAGCGCGUCUUCGCCAACUGGGCCCGGACGUUCAACAUCCACUUCUACCAGCCCGAAUGGACCCCCGGGCCCGACAGCGGGAACAGGACGACCCCCCCGGCCCCGGCCCCCCUGGGGGCCACCGCCGCCCCCGGCAACACGUGACUCUGCACACCGCCAGCCCACCACACGGGCCUACGGCCGGACUAACAUGGGCAGGGCCGCCCUCCACGACCCCCAUCCACCCCCACAACUGGUUCUUUUGUUUUUCCCUGGUUGGUUUCCCCCCUCUGAAAAUCCAUCAUGGGGGUUAAACGUGAAUUUUAACAUGUUAAAUUAACAUGGGCAAUAUGUGGAGCAUGUGUGCCUUGCACUCCGGAAGUGUGGUUUUGUAACAUUUGCAUGGUAUAGUGGUUGAAUUACAUGUAAACUCCCGUGUGAAACCCAUGUAAUUACAUGUGAAAUACACUUUGCAUUCUGUUUGGCUCCUUUGAAUGUCUCUCAGCCAAUCGCACGCGGGGUGCUUUUCACAUUUAAUUGCAUGGGAUUCACAUGGGAGUUUACAUUAACUUCUCCCAUGAAAAUGUUCCAAAGCCACGUUUCCCAAGUGCAAAGCAUGUGUUCCACAAAUUACUCACGUGAUUUUAACAUGUUAAAACUCCUGUUUAAAUCAUGUUUAAUUUUCUGUAAUAUCCUGCCUCUCAUUUCCAAACUCAUUGCCUUUUGACCGUGAGUUUAUUCUUUCCCAAUCCAAGAACAGAGAGAGAGAGCAGUAAAUGGUUUACAGGUGAUUAAUGAGUCUCCCAUCUAUUGGCCCUUUGUGUUGUCAGGGACAAUAGUGCAGUUCCAUAUAUUAAAGCCAUCAAGCCUGCGUUUGUACUUCGCAGCAGAGUCUGUUCUCGUAGGAUCACCGCUGGAGACAUUUUGUUAUGUUAGCAUUAGGGAAAAUGCCAUAGGAGUGCUUCUUGCUAGCUGUGCGAUGCUAAGACUUCGGUGGAGGGUUGCAUUGUGGGAAGAGUGUGGUGAAUGUGCCAAAUGGGUACUCUUAUUCAAUUUAGAGAAUUCUGGCAUUGCUUGAUUUAGCCAUGCUACACUGUCACGUAAUGUUUUUAAUGAAUGUUUUGUAUGCUAUUCAUUAUGAUUUGUGGAAAAACACUCAAUCUCAGUCAUUUCAAAUUACGUGUGUUUUUUUUUUUUAUGCCUGUAUUGUCAGGACAAUGCAUUGUUUCGUCUAAUUACAGGAAUGUUAUGUAAAUAUCUGGGGCACAGAAAAAGUGGUGCUUCUUUUCUGACGAUACAUCAUCAGUACAAACCAAUAUUCAACAAUUUUAAGACCAUCAAAUAAAAUCAGUGAAACUGUUAAACAGGGAACUAUAAAAAAUUUUAGAAGACAUUGAUCAGAACACCAAAUUCUUGUGUUCUUUUAAAUAUUUUGAUAAACUUUUACAAUGCUAUCCAAUCCGUUUUGUCACUUGAACAACCACUGCUAAGAUAGCCAUAUUAUAAAUAAAAAAAAUAGCUUUGUUUGAAUGUAAAAAUUAAAUAAAUUUAAAUACAAUAC